CGUGAGUACUUGCUGAUAGGAAGCAAUUUAUAAGGCGCUUGGCUCAAUUUUAAUCAAUCGUUGGAUCCAGGAAGUUUCGCAGUCAUCUUCUUCUUUUUCUGUUCUGAAUUCAUCACUCUCCUCUCGAUCUUUACCGUCGAUCGCCGAAAAUGAACGACGCCGAUGUCUCCAGGCAGAUCCAGCAGAUGGUCCGCUUCAUCCGCCAGGAGGCGGAGGAGAAGGCCAACGAGAUCUCCGUCUCCGCCGAAGAAGAAUUCAACAUUGAGAAAUUGCAGCUAGUUGAGGCGGAGAAGAAGAAGAUCAGGCAAGAGUACGAGCGGAAGGAGAAGCAAGUCGAUGUUCGAAAGAAGAUUGAGUACUCCAUGCAACUCAAUGCUUCUAGAAUCAAGGUUCUCCAAGCUCAGGACGAUGUGGUUAAUUCCAUGAAGGAGGUAGCGGCCAAGGAGCUGCUGAAUGUGAGCAGAAGUCACCAUGUCUAUAAAGAGCUUCUGAAAGGUCUUAUUGUUCAGAGUUUGCUCAGGUUAAAGGAGCCUGCUGUCUUGUUGCGUUGUCGGGAACAUGACCUUUCUCUGGUUGAGUCUGUGCUGGAAUCAGCUGCAGAGGAAUAUGCAGAGAAAGCAAAUAUUAGUCCACCAAAGAUCAUAGUUGACAGUGUCUAUCUUCCACCUGCUCCUAGUCAUCACAAUGCCCAUGCCCUUUUCUGUUCUGGAGGUGUGGUGUUGGCUUCUCAAGAUGGCAAGAUUGUGUGUGAGAAUUCCCUUGAUGCACGUUUGGAUGUUGUAUUCCGUAAAAAGCUUCCAGAGAUCCGCAAGCGGCUCUUCGGUCAAGUCCUUAUUGCAUAAUGGGAUGAUGGGUUGUAUUGCUCGUCACUCUUAAGAUUAUUUAUUGUUUAAUCCUAAAACUUGGUCAUGGAACCAUGUGAUGUAUUUUUAAAUUGCUUGUUUGUGUUAUCCCAAUUUUCUUUACUCCGAAUAACUUCUUUGCCAAGUAGCUGUAUGUUGGUUUGGUUCUCAUCUCAUCUGCGUUAUAGAAGUACUUAUUCUUGGCACCGAUGAUAUAAAUAAAAGUUUCCAGCUUGAGAGCAUUUUGUUGAA